UAGGUGGCGACAAGGACGCGUGUUCGUCGCUUGUUGGUGACGUCGGAAAAACGCGACCGUGUCCAGUCGUUCGGCUUCGUCCUGCACAUGUGUGCGACCUUUACUUCUCUGAAUGAGACGAUAAGCUGUUCCAGUUCUGUCAGUUUGUGUUUGUGCAGCAGGUGACGAUGCUUCUUGUGAGGAGAGCUGUGCAGAGGACGAGCCACCGCAGAUCGUUUUCUGCUUCACACACUCACCUGAGCCACAGGAAGGGUCUGGUGUUGGGGGUGUUUGAGAAGGAGGGAGAGGAGGGUGGUCUUCAUCUGACAGAGGCAGCGACAGGCUUUGACCAAACAGUGUCAGGAAAACUCUCUGAGCUGCUGACCAUCUCUGGACCUGUGCUGAAGAAAGGCAGAAGCAGAAUAUUCUAUGGAGUCCACACGGACUUCCCCUGUGUAGCAGUAGUAGGACUGGGUAAGAACAGUGCAGGAGUGUGUGGGGCAGAGAACUGGGACACUGGCAAGGAGAACAUCAGACAGGCAGUGUCAGCUGGCUGCCGGUCGCUUCAGGAUCUGGAGGUGAACCACGUGGAGGUUGACGGCUGCGGUGACGCUCAGUCGGCAGCUGAAGGUGCUGUUCUGGGUCUGUUUCACUACGACCAACUCAAAUCCAAGAAGAAGACGAAAGUGACAACGCAGCUCCAUGGAAGUGCGGACUCGGUCGAGUGGGAGAAAGGAGUUGUUUAUGCCGAAGGCCAAAACCUGGCACGGCUGCUAAUGGAAGCUCCGGCCAAUCACAUAACGCCGACUGUAUUUGCCAGCACCAUUGAAGAGAAACUAGCAGGACAUGCUGGACGAGUCACAAUAAAGAAGAGAUCACAGGCCUGGAUUGAGGAGCAACAGAUGGGAGCCUUCCUCAGCGUGUCCAAAGGCUCAGAGGAGCCCCCUGUCUUCCUGGAGCUUCAUUACAAUGGUGCACCAGAGAGCGUAGAGGCCCCGCUGCUCUUAGUGGGCAAAGGCAUCACCUUUGACACUGGAGGUAUUUCUCUGAAGCCAUCUGCUUCUAUGGAUGCAAUGAGAGCUGACAUGGGCGGUGCCGCCACAGUGUGUUCAUCCAUUGUCACAGCAGCAGCUCUGAAGCUGCCGGUCAACAUUGUUGGUCUGGCUCCUCUGUGUGAGAACAUGCCCAGUGGGAAGGCCACUAAACCAGGUGAUGUUGUCACAGCCAAGAAUGGAAAAACAAUCCAGGUAGAUAAUACAGAUGCAGAGGGCAGACUGAUUCUAGCAGACGCCCUCACUUAUGGACACACCUUCAACCCCAGAGCUAUCGUCAAUGUUGCUACACUAACAGGUGCGAUGGAUGUAGCGCUCGGCUCAGCAGCGACUGGAGUAUUCACAAAUUCUGACUGGCUCUGGGAGCAGCUGCAGAAGGCCAGCGUUGUGACGGGUGACAGAGUGUGGCGGAUGCCUCUGUUCCAGCACUACACCAGACAGGUGACUGACAGCCAGCUGGCAGACCUCAACAACGUUGGCAAGUACAGCCGUUCUGGCGGCGCAUGCACAGCAGCUGCAUUCCUGAGAGAGUUUGUCACAGCUCCACAUUGGGCUCAUCUGGACAUCGCUGGUGUGAUGAGUAACAAAGAUGAAGUUCCUUAUCUGAGGAAAGGCAUGUCCGGGAGACCAACACGUACACUGGUGGAGUUUGCUGCCGGGCUGGCACAUCACGGCUGAGACACUCUAGCCAAGGGUCAAAGUUCACACAAAAUUAAACAGUAUAAUUUUGCUGCUGGAAGUAAUUAUAGACAUAUAUAAUACCAAUAUUUUAUAAAGGUUUGAUGGAUCUUUGAAUUUCUACAUCCAUCGGAUUCAUCAGUACAAGAUAUUUUUAGACUUUUGUUUAAUGCACAUUUUCUUCUUCAGGCUCUUGAAACUUCAGCUGAAAAAACGUUGAAGCUCUGUAUUGACUAAAUAUAAUUUAUAUGUUGUAUAAAUAAACUCUGUAUGUCUUUAA